GUUAGAAAUCUUAAUAUGAUGUAUCGGAUAAAGCCAGCAAUUACCGUAAUACCGCUUGUGUAUAAACGUUUAAUUUCAAAUCUUUUUGAAAAACCAUCUUGUAGCGGACCGUCAAGAAUUCGUCACAAAAAUAGUACAAGAAAUGAUUCUCUAGUAAAGGAUAUUGGGAAACGAUGUCGAUGUAUUUCAUCAUCAUCUAUCAUGAAACUGCACGAGAACACGCAGCUUAAGAAACGUCCCCGUAGAAAGCUAGAAGAUGAAGUUGGCAAACUUGAGAAUGGUUAUUUACCUGUAACAGCUUUUGCAACCGCUGAGGAAUAUGAACUGGAACGCUUGCUUAUUGCCCUUAGAAAUCAAAACCUAUAUGAACCAAAGCUGUUCCUAUCCAGUGAAGAUAAUGAUCCGAACGUAUUGCAUGUAACCGCUAAGUAUAAAGUAGACAAUGAAUCCCGCGAUGUAUAUUUUUUUCGUCAGGGUACAGUUGUUUUGUGGAAUUGUACAGACUUGGAGAACAAUAAUAUCUUAAGGUUUCUGAAGCAGUUUGAACAGGAUGCUUAUGAUGAGUCCACUGUAUUAGAAGAGAGUGAAACAAUGCUAUAUAACAGUAGCGAAUCAACGGCGAAACUGAAAAAUAACAGUUUUUAUGUCUCCAAGAACGAAGAUGCUGACCUGGAAAAGUACACAUUUUCCAAUGCCAUGUCACUGUCAGUAAAACUGGGUAUUUGGGAAGCGUGCCUUGAACGAUACAUUGAAUCGAUGGCAUAUGUGACGGAUAAUCUGAAAAAGGGUACACGUCUUAAAAUAUCUCGCCCUGUAAUGCUUCGCAAAACUGGCGAACUGUUCGCUCUGCGCCAUUUAAUCAAUCUAAGCUCAGACCUUCUGGAUGUGCCGGAUUUCUAUUGGGAUCGUGAACAACUAGAACCGCUUUAUCAGCAAACCUGCGCCUAUUUUAGCAUCAAUCGACGAACAAGAGUAAUGAAUGAGAAACUUAAUCACUGUGUUGAGCUAGCCGAUUUAAUCAGUUCAAAUCUGAAUGAAAAACAUCAUGUUCGAUUGGAAUGGAUGAUAAUUAUUCUAAUAAUGGUUGAGGUCGGGUUUGAAAUAUUGCAUUACGCGGAUAAGUUUUUGUAAAACAAAAUCUAUUUUUUAUUAUCGAGAAAUGCAAAAGAUAUAGUAAUUUAACUGUUU